UCCAAACACAAGUGUCAUCUAAUCCAACGGGGGAGUUUCACCGUUCAGUUCCACGUUUUCGACCGCUGUGAUGACGUCACACGGUAGGCGGAAAAAAAUCGUGCACCAUCCCGUCAUUGAGCCUCGGAAAUAUUCCAGCGUACUCUUGACCGAGACACGCUGGAUAAACCCGACCGCCUAAAUAUAAGAGAAGAGCUCUUCAUUGUUCUGUUCCAAUGAAAUUCUAUUUCCACCUCUCACGUUGUUCGUGAUUUUUCUUCCAAGAGACGAGCCGACUCGAAUCGGUUACUUGACUGCCCUUGGGCACCAUCACAUUACGUAUCUCUCUCUCAUUUGGGGAGUGUUGUUUUUAUCUUUCCCGUAAAAUAAAUUUUUUAAAAAAGGCCAGAGAGAGAGAGAAAGAAAAAGAGACAGACAGCGGAGCUAGAGACCUUGUUUUACAUUUUUGGGUGAGAACGGGAGAGACCUUAAUAAAACGCUCUGAAUAAUAGAAAGGCGAAUAGCUAGCUCGCGACGUGUGAGGAUAAAGAGACGCAAAGUGUGUAUAGAGUUUUCGAGCUUUUUCUUUUUCUGAUUUUACCCAGAGAACACAGCGGGUGACCCCAAUUCAUUUCGGUUUGUGCCUAGGAUAUAGUGGGCGGUGUAUUCACCGGUGUAUACCGGACAGCAAGACCUUUUGGCUGUUAAAGAGUGAACGCCGGUGCCAACGAGUCUGUCUGGGUCUGACACAAUAAUCCAUUGCACCUGGGAUUUUUCUUGUCUUUGGGGUAAAAUAAAAAUAAAGAAAUGGGAAUUUUUCCAACAGUUCCAAGUCUGGCAGAGUUCAGCGACUGUCAUAUUGCCUUUUUGGUUUUGUUGAUUCCAUGUCAAAUGGGUACGAAUAUGUCUAGCGUUCACUUCUGCUUUUGUUUUUUAUCCCCCAUAAUCAAAUCCAGCGCUGGGUCGUGUUAUGUUUUAAACCAGUUGGAAGCGGAAAGAUAGUUAGGAAAAGGGCUCGGGAUCAAUCAGAUCUCAUCAGCGCGUUAAUAUUUAUAAACAAAUAAGCAACUCUGCCUUUCCGUCGUUGUCGUACUACGAAGGCAUCGAGUCUGAAAAACUUAGUUAAUUAGGAUCCUUUUACUGUUUGCUACGUACGACGACUCAAGGUGCCAGCAGUAUAGAGUACGGCGCGUGUACCCCGCAACCUUGGCUCGAUUGGCUUUGCUGGGAUCGACGCUGCGACACAAUACUUUAAUAAUAAGGUAAUUGAAUGCGCUCCGAUGUUGGUAGUUUUGAAAAUGGCUCCCUUUCAUUCUCUCUUCGAUGGCCUUCGACUAGUCUUCAAUUCUUCUUGAAUAAUGCGGGUCGCAUGAUCCAAUAUUGACAAUAGCCGACCGAGACCAAACAAAAAGUGAAAAUGUACACGACAGGUAAACAACAAAACGACGUUCGGUCAGGAAUAUAAAAACCGCCAGCAAGUUUUAUAUUCCCCCCUUUUUUUUCAAUGACCAUAUGUUUGAAUAAACCCACACACACACACAACAGUAGUAGUACGGGGACCUGUGGGGGCCCCCCACCGUGUGCUGUACAGCAGCAGCAACUGGUUGUUGUUUUCUUUUCUUCUUCUAUUCACAUUUCUUUUUCGUCGUUUUCCUUUCUCACGCCAGAGUUGCCGAGGAGUUUCGUGAGUUCCAACUUUUCUCGGACGGACGGCAGCAGCAGCCAGAGGUUGCUGGCUGACUCCAGUAUAACCAGCACACGUAUAAAAAGGGUUCGGGAAAUGUUGGCGGCCCUCAAGUCUCUGCUUCUGUCGGAUCCGAGACAGUCGAUCGUUUUGUUUCAUCCGCACCACCACCGCCGUGUUUUAUUUGUACAUGAUUAUUUAUUUCUGAUCGCUCCAUCCAUAUUCUUCACGCGGGAGAGUCAAUUCGGGAAUAAGAAGAAGAAAACAAGUUUAGUUUCUUGAUACUCGUUCAAGUUUCUCCGGGACAAUUUUUCUAUUCCUCGGCCUCUUUUGUUUUGAUAAAAAGUUUGUUAAUGAAAUCUCUUGGCCCGGCAAUUGCUUAGCGUGAAGUGGGAGCGCAACCGGUUGCCGAAACUUUAUUGUAAAGAGAAACAGUCUCGAAAGCAAUUUGACAUUGUGUGCUGCUGCUGCUGCUGCUGCUGUGUGCCUGGAUUUCCUCCUUCUUUUUUUUCCCCUGGUACGAGAUAUUUCCCGCGUGUGCGCUUGUUGACGUAGUCAUGGCGGCGAUCAAUAAGGCUUUCGUUUCUGAUGAUGACUUCAAAGAAACCAGCAGUCGUCGUCGUCAGGAUCGUCCUACCCCGAACAACAAGGGCACAGUUUGUCACGUAGACAUCGACGGGAUCGAUGACUCCCGGGCGCCCAAGUUAUCUCAGAUUUUGGCCACUUUGCCAGCGCUAUUGGGGGCCUUCGUCCUGGGCACAUAUCUCGGCUGGGCCAGUCCUGUAAUGCCCCAAUUUAAAUUGACCAACUCCAGCACAACGACCGGCGGUAAUAACGAACAUGACGGAAAUGUGUGGCACUUGUUGCUGGACGAAGAUCAAAUGUCGUGGGUGGGAUCGCUGAUUAACGUCGGGGCCGUCGUCGGAUGCCUUUGCGGUGGUUACCUCAUGGACCGAUUCGGUCGAAAGGUCAUCCUGGCCGUCGUCUUUUUGCUCUACAUCGUCGGCUACCUUCUCAUCACGUUGGCAGUGGAUCCAAGUAUGCUCUAUGUCGGGCGGAUUGUUGGCGGAUUAGCCGGAGGCAUCUGCUGCGUCGUCGCUCCGAGUUACAUAGGUGAAACAACGACCAUCUCGAUGCGGGGAGCUCUGGGUAUGCUCUUUUCAGCCAUGAUGUCCGCCGGGAUUUUGGCUACAAGCCUUCUAGGAUGGCUGGAUUGGCGCUGGAUUUCGGCCAUCUGUACCAUUUUCCCCGUUGUGGUUCUCGUCGGAGUCAUUUUCGUGCCGGAUUCGCCAUACUUUUUGGUCAAACAAGGUCGGCUGGACGAAGCGGAAGGUUCGCUGCUCUGGUUGCGAGGCAAUAAUCACAAUUACGUCAAGGCCGAACUGAGCCGGAUUGAGGCUCUGGUUGCGGAGGAUGCGGCUCAAGAUUUUAAAUUCUCAGACAUUAUCCGGCCGGGAGUUUACAAGCCGGUACUCAUCGGAAUUGGACUGAUGGUCAUCCAGCAGCUGUCGGGCAUCAACGCAGCACUUUUCAAUUCGGUGGAUAUUUUCCGCCUGUCCGGAUCCAGCCUCGAUGGACUCGUCAGUGCCGUUAUCCUCAACUUUGUUCUGUUGAUAGCGGCUCUAUCGUCGUCCGUUCUGGUGGAGCGACUAGGCCGGAAGAUGUUGUUCUUACUGUCGGAAAGUUUGACUUGUUUGUCCGUCGUGGCGCUGGGCGGCUACUUUUACGUUCUGGAGAACGAUCCGGCCACUGCGCAGCGGUUCGGAUGGGUCCCGUUGACGUUGCUCAUCACCUUCAUCGCCGUAUUCGCCGCCGGAGUGGGUCCGCUUCCUUGGCUCGUGGCAGGUGAGGUCAUGCCAGCCAAGUUUAAAGGUCCCGGUAGCAGCAUUGUAGCCUUCACUAACUGGAUCACAUCGUUCAUUGUCACCAAAGUCUUCAUUGACAUGCAACGAAGCCUCACCAAUGCCGGGACUUUUUGGGUCUUUGGAAGUUUGUGUUUCGUUGGCAUCUUGUUCGGCAUUUUCAUCCUGCCCGAAACAAAAGGCAAAACUCCGGAACAGAUCCAGGCUCUAUUCGCCACCGACGUGUCUGAGCCACCAAAGUCUGGCGUCAACAUCAAUUCGACGACGACGUCAUCGGUAGACCAGCCGUCCCAUUUCUGAAUUGGCGGAGAUGGCAUCCUUGUCCUAAAUUAUACAAUAAUUCCCGCAACCCCCCCACCCCCCAAAUAAAACCAUCCAGCGAAACUACCGAUGGUUAAAAAAAAAAUAAAAAAAACCACAUCCAUUCCCGCCGAUCAAUUUUUGUAAUCAAAUAUUAUGUUUACACGCCUGCUGUCCUUCUCGAAAGGAAAAAACGUAUAUUUCACGCGCCGUGAAUUUUUGAAUCACGCGCACGAUCUGGUGAUUGCACACUACUCUAUACAGUUGGUAUCACGCCUUUUAACGGAUAAGAUUGUAAAGCCUACGCACAUUUAUUUUUAUUUUUGUAGCCUUGACUAUUGCUUUUAUCUCAUGCCAUACUAUUUUUGAUAGCGAUUUAUAUUUUUUGAAAAAAUAAACGAGGAGGUACCUCUUGGUCAGAAAA